UUCACUCACUCCCUCCAUAUUUUUCUGGUUUCCCUGAAUAUCCCACCGUUAUGAGACUAAUCUCUCGAGCCUCCUCUCAGAUCAUGCUUAGUGUGUAAGUUUCUUCCAACAAAUGUUUUUUCAUACACAUGAUCCAAUCAUCGAACCUUAAAGAGCUCGACUAUCUACCAAUUGUUGUGUCGCUUAUUGUUCCCCUUCAUCUUUCUUUCUCUAAUCUCUACACAAAAAAACAAAACAAAUCGUCAAAUCUUUCCUUAAAAAUUCCAAUUUAGCAAAAACCCAUCGACACACUCUUCUAGAUCCCUCUCUUCAUCACCCUUCACCCUCAUCUCUGGCACCUUCAUAUUCUCAUUCCUUCUCCUUUCUUCACCCACAGCUCACAACAAGUGUCAUCUUCUGUUUCGCUCUAUCUUCAUCUUUGGUCAAAUCCAGACACCACAACAAGGUUGCAUUAGAAUUUCCAAAUCUAAGAACUGACCCAUGAUUUCCCUUUCAAUUUCUUCACAGAACCCAUUUGUUGGCAGCAUGCCCAGGUCGCAAAAACUGCGUAAGAAGCCACCCUUACCGUCAAAAUCGAGACCCAUUAUUAGUUUUCAGCAGAAGAACCCCAAGAACGCCGUGAACAAACCCACAUUCACGGUGGACACGGCGGCGGCGGCGAACCUGUUUGUUGUGAGAGAGAAGGGGAAGAAGGAGAAGAGGGUGCAUGAGGAAGAGAAGGGUCCUCCUCCUCUAGUUGGGAGCAAGCAAAUGCUGCUCUUGUGUGGGCUUGGUUAUUGGGUUCAGGGGUUUCGGUGUUUUCCAUGGCUGGCUCUGAAUUUUCACAUGGCUAGCAAUCUGAAUUUGCACCCUGCAACGUUGCAGCUUGUGCAGUACUCUGCGAAUCUUCCCAUGGUGGCUAAGCCCCUCUUUGGAAUCCUUUCGGAUGCUUUCUAUAUUGGUGGUGCUCACAGAAUCCCUUAUAUUGUCAUAGGAGUUGUUUUGCAGGCCUUUUCUUGGGGUCUUCUAGCAUUUGUCCCUAUUGUACGUGAUGUGCUUCCCAACUUAGUUGCAACUGCGCUUCUCAGCAACCUGGGAGCAUCCAUUACAGAAGUGGCAAAGGAUGCUCUUGUUACAGAGUAUGGCAUAAAGCACAAAAUCGGUGGCCUACAGUCAUACGCAUUCAUGGCAUUAGCUGCAGGUGGAAUCUUAGGCAACCUGGUUGGUGGUAAUUUUUUGCAGAAAAUGCCUCCCAGAAUCAUGUUCACCAUAUUUUCAUCUUUACUGUCUCUACAACUAGCAAUGUCUUUCUCAACAAGAGAGGACUCUUUAGGCAUACCCCAACUUUCUGAGCAAAAUCUUGCGGGGAAAUCCAUCUCAGAAAACAUUCAGAAACAAGUGUCAGAUCUUGUCACGGCAAUCAGUGACGAAAGUAUUUCCCGCCCUCUAUUAUGGAUUGUUGGAUCAAUUGCCAUGGUCCCAAUGCUUUCAGGCUCUAUAUUUUGCUACCAAACACAGUGUCUAAAUCUUGAUCCUGAAGUAAUUGGGUUGUCUCGAGUGAUUGGCCAAUUGCUGCUUCUUUCAGGAACCGUGCUUUAUAACAGAUAUUGGAAAAAGUUUCCACUGAGAAGGCUGAUGGGCAUCGUGCAGAUUAUAUAUGCUUCGUCUCUACUUCUUGAUCUCGUUUUGGUAAACCAAAUAAAUCUUAAGUUGGGAAUUCCCAAUAAGGUGUUUGCUCUUUGCUUUUCUGGUGUGGCAGAAGUUCUGGCUCAGUUUAAACUCCUUCCCUUAUCAGUUCUAUUUGCAACUCUGUGUCCAAAGGGUUGUGAAGGAUCUCUCACCUCUUUCCUUGCAUCAGCUUUGAUUCUAUCAUCAAUCACAAGUGGUUUUUUGGGGGUUGGAUUAGCCUCUAUGCUUGGCAUUUCAUCUGGUAAUUACUCAGGCUUGACCGCUGGGGUUCUUAUACAGUUCCUUGCAGCUUUACUACCUUUAAGAUGGAUUGAUUCUUUACCUAUGUCACAAUCUGUUCCUGAGAGGAGAAGGAGGGGAAAUAUGAGCAGAAGAGCGCGAAGAAACAGAAGAGUUGGAAAAGUUGUGUUAGGUUCUAUUAAUGACUACCGGCGCGAGAGGGAAUGAGAGUCACAUAGGUGAAAAAUGACCAAUUCUUAGUCCUUAACAUCUUCAAUGAUUGUGCAAGGAUUAAUAGUACUUGGCAUUUUGUGGUUUUCAUCUUCUUUCUCGGGAGGAUGAUUCCUUAUGUCAAAACUAGCUCGGGCGAGUUGACUUCUGAUUCAAAGCUGGGAUUUUUGCACCAUGUUGAAUUCUUAUCUUGGGGCCAACACCUUCUCACAGGUGGUUUUUGAGCAGAGUGGUCCCUGUAUAUUUUUUUGUAAGUUUUUUUUUUGGAAUUCAACAUAGUGCCCCUCUCCAUGCUCCCAGAGUCCCAGUGAUAUGCACUAUAAUUUACCUUUGUUUUUAUGGUCAUAUCAAUAAUGUUCAAAGGUUAUUGACUGAUCAGGAAUAUUCAUCUCACCAUCAGUUCAUGAAGUUACUGAUCAGGAAUAUUCAUCUCACACCAUCAUCAGUUCAUGAAGUUACUGAAUCACAAGUAUGAAAGAAAUUACGAUCCUUUUUUGGGAGCUGACACUUAAAGGCAUAGCAGUGCAGAAAUCAUGAUUGACUAGUGUUGUGAGGGAUCUGCAUUUGUUGAUCAGGGAAUAAAUUACUUCACAGAAUCACAGUAAAAGUUGAAGUUGAUGCUGCAUGCAUAGAAAAAAAAUCAAUAAUUUGUAAAAGAGAAGUAUUUAUCCAGGGUUUAAUGGUACAAUUAUAAUUGAAUCAGUGGUAAUUAAUUUUUCUAUUAUAUACACAUAUAUAUUA